UGUUAUCGAAAGUCGCUUAUUUCGAUUUUGAAAUUUCAAACGGGCACUUACUGAUAAAUUCAGUGUUGUUCUAUCCUGUAGAACCAGAUAGUACUUAUAGAUUAAGGUUAAAAUAUUGGUUAUUUUUUGCUCGAUCAUAAAAUGGGCAACGGAAUAGUAAACCCGUUAAGUGCAGUUAUUUUUUUACUUAUUUUUGAUUGUGUGUACACAGAAUCUGCAUCAACCACGGAAUCAAUACACUUUUUAAAGCCAGGAGAUGUUAUUGAAAAUAACAAGCCUGGAUUACAAACUUUCUGUCAUAGUGCCAAACCAAAAUAUAUGAAACAUAUGUGGGAAAGUUUAACAAUAUACUUAAGAACAAAUAUAGAAAAUUAUGAUGUUUACAAUGGGAAAACUCCUGAAGAAGUAAUACAAAAGCACGAUGACAAUCAUAGGUCCUGGAAUUUUAAUAUAUUUAGCAUAAAGAAGGAUAAAAAAUUCAAAAUUAAUCCUUUCGAAGAUGUAUGUAUUGGUAUAUAUGUGCAUCCAUCCAAUUUGCACAAAUAUACAGUGGGCAUGAUAGAAACACGUACCGAUAGCUCCGCAUUAAUAUUAAUGGUGGUAGGCGCUGUAUUAUUUUGGAGCGCUUAUAAACUCAGUAAAAAUACUCUAUUUUAUUAUUUGAUGAGUAUAAUGCUUGGAAUCACCACCUCCAUUAUAAUUUUAGUGUACUUCAUUAGUAAAUUUCUACUAAAGGGUAAGAUGAUGUAUAUCACGGUCCUCACUGGUUGGACAAUGAGUUUUUAUCUGUUUCAAAUGUUAUGGGAAAAUACCCAACUAAUCAUCGUGCAGUAUAGGGAAUGGGUGGCGUGGUACAUUUUAAUCACGUCUGUCAUCAGUUUCGUCAUUUCUUAUCGGUUUGGCCCAAUUACGAAUGUUAGGACGAAAAGAAUUAUACAGUGGUUCUUGCAGAUAAUAGGAUUGAUUACCAUGUAUAAUAGCAGUUAUUUACACGAAGCAUCAGCCUUUCUUUGUAUCUUAAUUUUCUUACUUUAUAAGUUUUCUACUAUAUUAACUCAAAAAGGCAGCACUUACUGUGAUCAUACAAGGCGAAAAAAAGAAAGCUUCCCAGAUAGUAGGAGAGCAAGGAAAGAAAGAAUUACGUACUCUCGAAAAUAUUAAUCUGCUUUGGAACAAAGUGAUUCGCAUCAAAUUCCUGCUGAUUCUAUAGACCCAUUUACUUCUUAUUCUUUUAUGCAUUUUCCCUUCCCGUCGAAGACAUUCAAAAGUGAAAUUUCACCUCAGCCACAAACGACCCAGGUUGUCCACUGUGGGUUGAUAUCAAUUAUAAUUACUCAUAUUCGUAUUCUUAUAUAUUAUCUCAUAUUCGCUCAUAUUCUGCUUAUUGUUAAUUUUUUAAUUUGUGUUAAUAAACCGUUCUGUAUUACUUCGUAGCAUUUUGUUAUUUCGAUUAAAAGGACGCAGAAAACAAUAGUCAAUCAGACUGUCUCAUCUAUUCCAUUUUUAUCACUUUUAUUCGUUCGAUAAACAUUCGAUCAAUAUUUUGAAUGCGUUUUCAUUAUACUUACCGAAGCUAGAGUCUGAUAUGAAUAGCGAUCUCGAAUAAUUGCUAAUGGCAAUCGAGAGUAGCGCGUAACCAUAACAGGAAUAGCAACAAUAGUAGUAGCGAUAGUGAUGGUAAUAAUAACGACAGCAUUAGUAUUA